AUGGCCCAUGUCAUCAAGUGGAGCGGCACACCGCACACGAUUCUCAAGGCCCAUCGACGAUAUGUGCACUCGGACAGGCAGAAACCCCAGCUGUAUAACCCCCGGCAGGUCUACGACAAGGCCCCUUGGCCUCGGGGCUCUCACCCAUCACCCCAUGAGAUCCUCGGGGCCAGCCCUGGCACGCCUUACUCGAAGAAGCAAUUCCACCGGCUGGUGAAAUUAUAUCACCCCGACCUUUACGUCCAGAACGGCAUAGAGGUGAUGGGUGUUUCGCGCGCUACCAGGAUUGAACGCUACCGUCUGGUAGUGGAAGCACACGAAAUCCUGAAAGAUCCACACAAGCGGUUGCUCUAUGAGAAAUACGGUCUUGGGUGGUCGUUGCCUACGCAACGGGUUCGGCACACGUCUGCCUCCUCUCACGCUACCGGAACUUAUGGUACAUACGACGGCCGGUCAUCCGCCGAGCAGGCCCGGACAGGGCAGCAAUUUCCGAUCUUCGCUUCCAACGCGGUUUUUGCCAUUGUUGUCAUUGCGAUGGCGAUGGCUGGCGCUGUCGUACAGCUCAAGCGCGCUCGAAAGGCCCAGUGGGACUUCAAGGACCGGGAUCUGGUUUUGCAGGAGGCGAUCAGUAGAGACCUGCAGGGUCUAGCAGACAGGCUCGAGGGAAAGCCGAGAGACCUGCGAAUAUUAGAAUUUCUGGCGCGGAGGGAACUUAGGAACUGGUCGUCACGGGAGGCUCUAUUUGCAGGGCUUGAUCAGAGUGAAAACAUCUGCCGCCAUUGA